UUUUAUUUUAUUUAUUUAUUUAUUUAUUUUUGAGUUGAUCAUAUUGCAGGAAAUCACUCACAUCCUGAAUACCAGCUUGCUAACUAUAUAUUAUGGUCCUGCUCUCCUGAUUCUAGCUGAUGAAAGUUAUCUCCCAGUCCGGGCAAGAUGACAAGCCGGCGGUGGAAAGAAGACUUUCUUCUUUUUAUUACACACCAGCUUUUGUUAACAUUAACACUAACCAGCUUUUAUGACAUCGCUGAGGCAUCACCAAAAGGAACCGAAGCAGACCUUUCAGAGCCAUUGAGGCAGCCAACCUCAUUAAAGCAACAGGACCAUUAUGAGACGUUUGUCCCGUCUCUACUUGAAGGAGGGCAGCAGAAACCAAUCAACAACCUGCAUUUGAGGAGCUAUCCUGCAGUUGUGAAGUUAUUGAUUGAAGCUGAAGGUGAACAGCUGGUCCUGGCUCUAGAGAAAAACAAAGGGCUUUUUGCUAGCCACUACACAGAAACACACUACCUGGAUGAUGGAACCGCUGUCACUGUCACUCGCAAUUCCACAGUUCACUGCUACUACCAUGGGAAGGUACAAGGGCACUCAGGUUCCGAAGUUAGUCUCAGUACCUGCUCUGGUCUCAGGGGCUUCAUCUCACUUGAAAAUAAAAACUAUGUCAUGGAGCCAGCCGAAGAUGCCACAGAUGGUACUCACUUCAUUUACAGAGCGGAGAAUCUCAACGGUCCUCCUGGUACUUGUGGUCAUGGUUUCAACAUAUCAGGCAUCACUUUGGACAGCACUGCCAAGUCCUUUGAUGUGUUCAAUAUGAGGCACAAGAGGGACACUCAAAGGACGACCAAAUAUGUGGAACUAAUUAUUGUAGCGGAUAACAGAGAGUUUCAGAGGCAAGGAAAAGAUGUUGAAAAGGUUAAACAGCGGCUGAUCGAGGUUGCUAAUUAUGUCGAUAAGUUUUACAGACCGUUGAAUAUUCGAGUGGCCCUUGUAGGGCUGGAGGUUUGGAGUGACAUAGACAAGUGCUCCAUUACCCAGGACCCCUUCACCACGCUGCACGAGUUCUUGGAUUGGAGGAAGCUCAAGCUGCUGCCCCAGAAGCCACACGACAAUGCCCAGCUUGUGAGCGGAGUGUAUUUUCAGGGGACCACCAUUGGCAUGGCUCCUAUAAUGAGCAUGUGUACUGCAGAGCAAUCUGGAGGAAUUGUUAUGGACCAUUCGGAGAACCCCCUGGGCGCAGCAGUGACUCUGGCUCACGAGCUGGGGCACAACUUCGGAAUGAACCACGACACACCUGAGAGGGGCUGCAACUGCCGGGUCUCUCCAGACAAGGGGGGCUGCAUCAUGACUCCCUCCACAGGGUACCCCUUCCCCACAGUGUUUAGCAGCUGCAGUAAGAAGGACCUGGAUGUGAGUCUGGAGAAGGGAGUGGGGAUGUGCCUGUUCAACAUGCCUGAGGUCAAGGUGCUUUAUGGAGGACAGAAGUGUGGGAAUGGCUACGUGGAGGAGGCAGAGGAGUGCGACUGCGGAGAUCUAGAAGAAUGUACGAACCCUUGCUGUAACGCCACUACCUGCACUCUGAAGGAUGGUGCUGUUUGCGCACACGGGCAGUGCUGUGAUGGCUGCAAGCUGAAACCAGCAGGUACCCCGUGCAGGGAUUCCAGUAACGCAUGUGACCUGCCUGAGUUCUGCACAGGAGAUGGUCCUCACUGCCCUCCAAACGUGUACCUGCAUGACGGGCACUCCUGUCUGAAGGUGGAAGGGUACUGCUACAAUGGGAUCUGUCAGACCCAUGAGCAGCAGUGCAUCACCCUCUGGGGGCAGGGAGCCAAACCUGCCCCCGGGAUCUGCUUCAAAAGGGUAAACUCAGCAGGUGACCCCUAUGGGAACUGUGGGAAGAACUCAAAGGGAUCCUUUGCAAAAUGUGAAAUCCAAGAUGCUAAAUGUGGGAAAAUUCAGUGUCAAGGAGGAGCCAACAGACCUGUAAUUGGUACGAAUGCUGUUUCCAUAGAAACUAACAUUCCCUUACAAGAAGGUGGUCGGAUCCUGUGUCGUGGCACGCAUGUGUACCUUGGGGAUGACAUGCCCGACCCUGGGCUCGUACUGACAGGCACCAAGUGUGGAGAUGGCAUGAUGUGCCUGAGUCGUCAGUGUAAGAAUAUCAGUGUCUUUGGGGUUCACGAGUGCGCUGGAAAAUGUAAUGGCCGUGGGGUGUGUAACAAUAACAAGCACUGCCACUGUGAAGCUGACUGGUCUCCUCCGCACUGUGAAAUUCCAGGGUUUGGUGGCAGCCUGGACAGUGGACCCAUGAGACUUGCAGACAACACCAGUUUAACCGUAGGGAUACUAGUAACUGUUAUAAGUCUAGUUAUUGCUGGAUUUACCGUCUGCUUUAAGAAGAAGACUUUAAUCAGGCUGCUAUUUACAAAUAAGAAGACAGCAAUAGAGAAAUUAAGGUCUGUGGGUCCAUCAAGACAAUCGAGUCCAAACCAAACAAACCUGGCCUACAGCACCUCUCCAUCCAGGAGACUGCCAGCCAAGCCACACAAUUCAAGUAUAUACAAGCCGACUCAUCAUGUCUCGGAAUGCCUGUUGCCCUCCCACACAAUGCACAGCCACAGCAUGAGGAAGCUGCCACAGUACCAGCCGGUCCACAUCAGCAACCCCAUUCCAAUAUCACUAGGAGCAGCGGCAGCAGACUCAAGUCCUGCUGAUCGGACCCCACGACGAGUCCUGCCACCCCUCAACCAGCUGCUGCCCUCCCAGCAAGGGCUGCCAGCCAGGAGCUUGCUGUCCCACCCCUCCUUCAGACAAAUGCAGGAAACCUCGAAGCCCAGUCCUCCUCAGAAGCCACUACCAGCGGACCCACUGGGUAGAGGUUCCCAACUGAACCUCGAAUCUUCAAACGCUGUGCCUCGGAUAAUGCAGCCAGUCAGGCCUGCACCCAAACAUCCCCCAAAAGUGCCAAAGCCUAACAAUGUUGUUUAUGUGAAGUGACAGGGAGUGGAAACGAAUCCUGUCAACAACUGAAGACGUGAAUUUGCACUAUGUUAAGACUUAAGUUAAUCAACUUCAGUAUAUAUGUGUAUAAACAUUAGACAUUGUGUCUCUAUGUGUUUUUUUUAAGAGACUCUGAGCCAACACCUUUGGUGCUCCACCUCAAUAAGGUGCUGUGUGUCCUUGCUCAGGUACUUGUAAAUGUAUUUAUGUUUAGUAUUUAUUACAAUGCGGUGCACUGUGGUAGACACUUUUGAUGGCAAAAUUUUUGUGAUCUAUUUUAGUGAACUUUUACCAUUCCGAUGUUUUGCACCACAGCAAACCGAUUUGUUUUCCUCAGUAUGUUAUUAAAGAGAACAGAAAAAAGUGCUGUGUAAUAUUCUGUGAAAUAAGAUGUUGAAAGAGAAACAUUUUGGCAAAUUAUUAAUUUUUUAAAUACAAAAUGCACAGGUAACAGAAUGAGCUGACAGCCUACUGAAUACUGGAAUUUUGCUCUGCAAACCAAGAUGUAUUUUUAGGUAAUAAUUGGACAUUUGGAUAGACCCACUCCAGUUGUAUCCAGGCUUUGAUCAGUGUAGUUUUAUGACUAUUUCUGUUUUCCAUAUUGAGUCUGUGCAAAAGCAUUAUUUAAUAAUGCAUUUCAAUAGUAUGAUUUAAAAAAAAAAAAAAAAAACAACUAAGGUAAAACAGAUACUUAUAGUAUUGGGUUUUGAAGUUAGUCUCUGCCAAAAGUGUCAAUUUCUUUUUAACAAUAAGGUAAACUUACUGGUUUACUUAUUAGAGUAUAUGUGGUCCCUUUUAAAAGUAUGCUUUUUAAUAUAUUUAAGGCCCAUGCCUCUAAGGCAGCUAGGGACAGCCACUGUUGUAAAGAUAGCAUCGUCUGCUCAACAAGACCUCUCGGUAAAGCGUUUACCAGAAUUACAAUAGUCUUAUAAUGCCCAAAGGGACAAGCAUACAAAUGUUUACAUGAUAACCCUGGAUAAUGCAUCUGUUUAGCAAAUGUCAUUAUUUAAAUUGUUUUACUUUCAGCUAGUUUUCUCAACACAAUUCAAUUUAAACUGCAAAGGACCAUCAAAAAUACUUGCACUAAAAUGUAAGCAGAGGAGAUUGUGUCCCACAUGAUGCUUUUUCAUCAUGUAGAAAGAGAGAGAGAGAGAGACAAUUAAUUGGAUUGGCCCGUAUCCUCCAGGCUUGAAAUGAAACUCUUUUUUGACUAAGCAGUUGGUAUGUCCUUCCAGGUGUAUGUCAGCAAUUUCAGAUCUUACAUUUUUCAAAUGUAUUUUAAGUUUUAAGGUGCUUUUAUCAUUUGUGAUUCUGAGCGUCUCUUUUGUAAGCAGUGGGAUUAGCAAUCAGAACACAAAACCUUUUUUACUUGUGGCAGAGUACUGCUCCUGCAACUGAGACUAAAGACACAUGACUGUAGCAUUAAACCGAACGCAUAACAUGAAAAAACGAAAGCAAAGUGUCAACUGGUUUAUUCAAGUAGGAUUGACAUUACAAUCUGUCUUGUGCCAAGCAAGUGGUGCAGAUAUAACUGAUUUACAAAGAUGAAACUGACCUGUUUAACCACUGCAUUGUUCUAGUUAAACUUUUUAUUAAAAUACUAUCUCUAUGUUGGUUUGUUAACACACUGUAAUGUUUUGCUUACCUUACUGGUUAUAGAUUCAUGUUACUGCUCUUGUAAAUAUGAUCAGUAUUCCAUGUAAUACUUUUUUUUUCUUUUGUUAUUUCAAGGUGUUACUGGUGAACACGUUCAACCAUUUUAGGAAAUAUCUCUAA